UGCUUCCUGCCAUCUCCUCGUGUGUGUGUGUGUCCCAACAAUAUGUAACAAAACAAUCAGUGUAGAGAGGCAAUGAAAAAGAAUUUAGAAAUGUGGAGGUAACGAUGGAAAGAAAACGUGUGCAAAUUUGAAGAAGUGAAAAUUUGAAAACCGGGACAGAACCCAGCUGAACUACAAUGGAUUAUGAACCCAAGAAAUCCAAAAAGGGUUUUGUGUCUCCCAUUAAGCGUCUGGUGUGGUCCAAAGCCAGUCGCAGGCCGGCGGAACGAGGCAGCGUUUACCGGCGCCCCCUGCACACCGUCCCCCUCUACCCUCCUGACUUCCUCAUCCACCCCGAAAGACUCAUCUUCGACUAUGUGGAGAAGGAGGUCAAGUUCCUAGGUCACCUGACCUGGGUGUCAGUUUCUCUGAACCCGUCCAGUCGAGAUGAACUCCUGCAACUGCUGGACACAGCGAGGCAGUUGAGGGUUUUGCCCUUGAAGACCAGCGUGGAGCAGGACUGCAUCUUAAGUCUGUCCGCUCGCUGUCUGCUGCUAACGUGGCGAGACAAUGAAAAGCUGCUGAUGAGGAUUCCCACGCACGAGAUCGCCGCCGCUUCCUACCUGAGAGAUGAUGCGCUGCACCUGCUGGUCCUCAAGACAGGUUUAAACGUGGACACUGUGGUUGCCGGGGACAACAGCCUGGACCGGAAGAAGCCAACGGGCAUCGACGGCCGACGUCAAACCGUGAGCUGCAACGCCGACCCUCGACCUUCGGGGGGUACGAUGGAGCGACGGCACACCAUUUGCGGAUUGGACUGGAGGCCGUCGCUAUCCAGGAGCAACCACGACAAGAACCAGAAUGUGGACAGAGGAGGCGGCGGCGGCGGCGGUGAGAGAGGAGGCGGCGCCGGCGGGAGUUUGGAAAGGAAGCGAGCAGGGGGGAGCUGGGAGAGGAGACAAUUCACACGGAAGACGGGCGGCAGCUGGGAGAGCCGUCGGCCGAGGCCAACGAGCGGGUUGGGGCCCGGAGGGGGAGGAAGCUGGGAGAGGCGGCACGGAGGAGGAGGAGGAAGCUGGGAGAGGCGAGGAGGAGGCGGCGCGGGAAGCUGGGAGCGGCGGCAGGCCUGCACCGGAAGCUGGGAGCGGGGCAAGAGCUACGGUAGCUGGGAGCGAAGGAACCACAACCCGCUGGAGCCCACCCCGUGCCCCGAUGCCUACUGCAACCUCGUCAUCCUGGCUGUGGAGAACCGGGAUGCUGCAGAAGAGUACUGUUCCCUCAUCUGCCAGAUGUUCCAGAUCAUUUACGGCCAUCAGACCAUCGAGUGCGUGGACAGAGCUGGAUUCCACCACACCAUGCCGGACCGCUACUGGCUGCAAAGGAGUGACAGCUGCCUGACCGACACGUCAUACAGUUAUGAUCCAGAGUACAGCUGCUGCAGUUCAUAUGAUGGAUCCCAGGAUGCGUUUGAGCUCUACUACAGCGAGACAUACAGCGAGAGUUCAUCGGUGUCUUUGCACGACUCCCAUCGCAGUCUGGGCUCGGCCAAUGACACAGGAGAGAGCAACCCCACCCUCAUGCUCAUGCAGGAGUACAUGAUCACGCUGAGGAACAAGCUGAAUGCUGUGGAGUUGCAACACUUUGCCGUCUUUCUGAGAGAAUACCGUCUGGGCUCAAACAUCAGCCACUUCUGCUCUGAGCUGCUGCAGCUGUAUGGAGACGAGCGCAAGUUUCUGUUGCUGGGCAUGCGACCGUUUAUCCCGGACAAAGACGUGGGAGUAUUUGAGAGCUUCCUCGAAAGUAUCGGAAUCCGUGAAGGUGGAAUUUUGACCGACAGUUUUGGACGGAUCAAACGCAGCAUGAGCAACACGUCGGCCACCGCCAUGAGAGGGUACGAGGGGCUGGGGGCGCAGUCGUCACAGUUCACAGGUCAAAAUGAAGCAAGGUACGACAGCUGCUCUCUGGCGUCAGGAUCUCAAGAGUUCAACCGCCGCAUCAAUGACAUCACACAUGACAUCCAGGCCCUCGGGUUCGGAGACGCACACGACGAUAUUGAGGAGGAAGACUACUACCUGUGAUUUAAGUAGCACUCUGAACAAUAGUCCAAAGCUAAUUAAUUAGCUUUAUUUCAGCUCCCAGGAGGCAGCUAAUAGCAUUUCUUCCUCACAGUUCUGUGAUUCGUGGAUUCAAACGUCAGCCGGUUCCGCCCUUCCUGUGUGGAGUUUGCAUAUUCUCCCCGUGUCUGUGUGGCUUUUCUCCGGGUACUCCGGCUUCCUCCAACAUUCCAAGAACGUACAUCUUCGUUUCAUUGAAGACUCUAAAUUCCAUAAAUCUGAGUGUGAAUGUU